UUGGGUGACUCAAAUGGAUCACGCUGGAUUUUCCAUCCCGGAACUCAGCACAUAAUCCCUCCAGGAGAAGGAGAGAGGGAGAGAGACUGCUGAGGGAACUUUGUGUCCGUCUUCCUGGAGGUUAUUGUGCCACUUGGAAGCCAAUGUGCCCCUCGGGAGGGUAGGGGAGGGGCGGCUGGACAGGAAGCGAGGUGCAGGGGUUCACUUUGUGGCCUGAAACUGGAAUACGUUGGUGGGCCUUGAACAGGGCAAGCAUGAUGGGAUCAAGUGCCUCUGAGGUCAUCUUUAUCUCUGUCAUUCACAACAUCACUUUGAUGGGGAAGGUGUGGCUCGUUGUGAUGUUCUUCCUCCGUAUCCUGAUCCUCCUCUUGGCCGGUUAUCCUCUCUACCAGGACGAGCAGGAGCGAUUUGUGUGUAACACCAUUCAGCCCGGAUGUGCAAACGUGUGUUAUGAUCUGUUCUCUCCUAUCUCUCUCUUCCGCUUCUGGCUGGUGCAGCUCGUCACCUUGUGUCUCCCCUACGUCGUCUUCAUCAUCUACGUGGUCCAUAAGGUCUCGAAUGGCUUCACCGUGGAUAUGAACCCCAUUGGCCACACGAAAGCCUUCCCGGUGCUCAAGAUCCGCCAAGAACCGUUCAGCAAGACCUCUGUGAACAAGAUGGCUGAGGGGGGGUGGGCCCGGUGCUUCACGGGAGCCUACGUCCUCCAUCUGUCGGUCAGAACGCUGCUGGAGGCCGGGUUUGGGGCAGCUCACUACUAUCUGUUUGGAUUCUACAUCCCCAGGAGGUUCCUGUGCCAGUAUCCACCGUGCACCACCCAGGUGGACUGCUACAUCUCCAGGCCCACUGAGAAAACCGUGAUGCUCAACUUCAUGCUCGGCGGGGCUGCGUUGUCCCUCUUCCUGAACGUGCUGGAUUUCAUCUGCACCAUCAAACGCUCGGUGAGGAAGAAGAGCAAGAGCAAGACGAUGGUGGUGGAGAAGAUAUGUGAGGAAGAGCAGUGUUUCCUUUCAGGGACGGGAGUCUCAAGAGAAUUAGAACCAAACGAUUCACCGGCGAAGCCGGAACAAGAAGCAGAGGCUGGUCACAAAGGGAGUUUCCGGAAAAGGCGAAGCAGCAAGAGCUCUUAUGGAGGGCUUGCUUUAGGUCAGGAAGCCCCCUGCCUGGAGCGCUCCUCUCUUCCACGCUCUCCAAGAAACCAAGGCUACAACACCAACGGAAACAAUGACUCUGUUUCCCAAGAGGAAGCACUGGAAAGGAAUGGCAGCGAAGUGGCUCUGUGCCCCCCAGAGCCACCAGGGACACCCAGAUCCAUCCGUGUUAGCAAACGCGGUCGGCUCAAACCGCCACCUCCGCCCAGACGGGACCUUGGGUCUUCCCCCAGGGAGCCGGCAGGGCCCUUUGGAGAUGUCCCCACAGCAAUGUGUGCCAGAAGGGUGGGUCAGUAUACGCUGGUUGAGCUGGCUAGCGGCGCAGAGCUACACACCAAUGAGGAAGAGAAAAGGUCAGAGUGGGUGUGAGGGUUUGAUUGCUUUACUUACAGGUUAUUUUGGAGCAAAAGAAUGGGACCCAUAGCUGUGGAAGCAAUGUGAUAAACAGACAGAGAUAAUGGAGUGGCUGAUAGAGAUGCCAUCCUUCAUUUGAAAAUGCACACUGGACUGCCACGUGAGGAGGUUACACAACCGCAAUGCAUUCACAAGACGCCCACAAGGCACGUUGCCUUUCGAGAGACGCUCGCCGAGUGCUGACAAGUGACAAGAAGUCAAGGCCUGAAGAGGAACUCUCUAAACGAGGCAGGAAUGACAGGACGCUCUGGCCUUCAGCGCCCUCGAACAAACCUCAACCUCGUGCACCUGUUUCUUCCCCGGACACACUGUCCAUGAACAAAGGCAGACCUUGACCUGAUCCACAUAUAUAACCGCACCCCCACUCUAUAUGAUACCACCGUGUCUUUUGUAUUUGGGUCACUGGGGUCAAAGGACAUGGUUAGCCUUCAGGCCCUGUUCUUGGAUGUUUGGGUGACCUUUUGGAAUUAGUAGGUCAGGCCCAAAUGAAAAGGCAAUAAUCUGUCUGAGGUGGUGUUAUCGGACUCAAGGAAUGGAAUAGGAUUCCUCCGUCAGAAGCGAAGGACACUAUGAAGGACCCUAAAGCCUACAUAGGCUCACAAAGCAAUUAUGCUCCCCCACAGGGUCUCUGUAUUUAUGGAGACGGCUUGUCACUCUAUUUCAGGGCCUCGCAGAGCUUAGGAUGAACACAAGCCUGAACAUGCACUGUCACUAGAAAUAGAGCAAAGGAGCAGCGCUGCCUGUUGCCCUUCAGCAUAUGUGCUGCCUGCUCGCUGUGGCUUUGGUUUCACCUUGAUCAAAGCUCAGAUUAAUGUGGGUCAGACACUCCCAGCAUGACGCACGUCAAUCUUAGACAGGACACUGUUUAUUGUCGGGUUGCUGUACCGUUUGAUUGUCAUUUACCUUUCCUGAAAUGUUUCCAGGUUUUUCUCAACCGGUCAUUCUAUUUUCAUGAAAUCUCCGGACUACUGAACACAGAUGACUGUGAGGAGACUCCCAGUGAAUCAUCACAGUUGCACCUGCCGCUCUGUAGCUGUGGGGCCGGUCUCUGUGUAAACGGAUAGCUCUUGAUCUUCCUCCUCUUGUGGUCUCUUUGAAGGCGACAAACAAAAGCUCCUCAGCCUCAUGUCUCACCUAUCGACUGAGGGCUGCACCCUGCCCGUCAUGAGGGUGACCACAGGGGGUCAUCAGGAGGGCAUUGCAGGUCUAAUCGCCACACACCUUCUAGAAUACACCCAGUGGACUCCGUUACACUUGUGUAGUCUGCAUAGACUGUGUAACUUUUGGGUGAUUGUUCAUGUAAAUAAGCCAUAAGGAAGUCACUUCAUUAUUUGUUUCAAAAAGUGAUAUUUUUGUUGUAGUAUUCAAUAUACAAACAUGUAAUCAUCUAUAUGUUUUAUGAUCACUUAUUUCCUUUUUAUAUUGCGAUUUAUUUUUCAUUGAAAACAAUGAGUGCCUGAUUCUUAAUAAAAGUCAUAUUCCAAAUGCAAUUUAUAGUCAUCGUCCGAUACAAUAUCAAUUGAAUACAUAUGCGGUUUGAUACACUAGUUUGUUUCUUUAUACAGUAAAACAAUCUUUGAGAGGUUGAUCUCUUCUGUUUCUCAUCUCAUUGACUUGUCUGUGACAUUAAUGUUUGUUACUUUCUGCUCUCUGAUCCAGUUCAUUGAGCUGCAGCCACUUUAACAAUGCUGUAGCUUGAAAUCAUGCUGCCCUCCAGUGACGUAAAUAUGAAAUGCUGCCAUAUAUUUAAUCCAACACUUGAAUUCAGACGCCUUUUGUGGUGACAGAUUUUCAUAUGUGAAAAUUUGCAUCUUCAUAAAACAUUUGGUCGUGACACUUUCCUUUAAUAAAGUCUGUCUUGUGUUUACAGUCAAUGAUAACCUUUUCAAUAUUAAACCCCGAUCUUUUGUAACAGUUUA